GCUAUCUAGGCUACUGUGCCUGUUCAUGUUCAGCAUUUCAACACGAAUUGUAAAGUGAUUCAAUAUAAUAAAUGUUGGAAAUUGAGGCACACGUGUUUCGUUAUGGUGUCAGCUGUUCUGACAGUCACGUGGCAGAGAACAUGCCUUACAAAAACGGUUUGUGCCUGGCAGAAAUCUUCAUUGAACUGUGGGGUGACAAGAAGAUCACAAGGUUCUGCAAGAACGCUGUUGAAUUCCACUGUUGCUGUGAGCCAUGCCUGUCCCUACUGAUGCAAGACCACGAUUGUCGCAACUUCCGCUUGGUGAAGAGGUUGUCAUUUCAGGGAUCUCAGGCUGUUUUCCCGAGUCUGAAAAUGUGUACCAAUUUCGGGAUAAUCUCAUUGACAGUGUGAAUAUGACGACAAUUGAUGAUCGGCGCUGGAAGUUAGAUCACCCCGAGAUCCCUUCACGUUCUGGGAAGUUAUAUAAUAUCGUUAAAUUUGAUGCAUCAUUCUUUGGUGUUCACUAUAAACAAGCACAAGUUAUGGACCCACAGUGUCGACUGCUGCUGGAGAGAACGUAUGAGGCUGUGGUGGAUGCAGGUGUCAACCCUCAGCUUCUAAAGGGACAAAACACUGGGGUCUUCAUUGGUGCAUCUUUCAGCGAGUCAGAGAGAAUUUUGUUCUAUGAUAAGUUGCAAACCAGUGGACUUAGUCUCACAGGUUGCAGUCGGGCCAUGCUUGCCAACCGCUUGUCUUACUGGCUUGGGACACAUGGACCCAGUUACAUGUUGGAUUCAGCAUGUUCGUCCAGUCUGUAUGCAGUUGAGCAUGCAUAUAGGGCCAUCCGGGAUGGGUACUGUGAUUCUGCUAUUGUUGGGGGCAGCAACCUUUGUCUCCACCCUUAUAUAACUCUCCUCUUCUCUCGUCUCGGCGUUCUCAGCCGUGACGGUGUUUGCAGGCCCUUUGACAGAGAUGCUAAUGGCUAUGUGCGGAGUGAGGCCGUCUGUGUUAUGUUCCUGCAGAAAGCCCAGGAUGCUAAGCGUGUUUAUGCAAAGGUGCUGCACGCCAAGACUAACAGUGACGGUUACAAGGACAAGGGCAUAACGUACCCUUCCCGAGAGAGGCAGACACAGUUAAUGGAGCAGCUUUAUGAAGAGAUCGGUAUCAAGCCCACCUCAGUGGACUAUCUCGAAGCACAUGGAACUGGCACGAGGGUUGGAGAUUGUGAGGAACUGAAUGCUGUGGACCAAGUGUUCUGUAAAGGGCGGAAGACGCCGCUGCUGAUAGGAUCAGUGAAGUCAAACAUGGGACACGCUGAACCUGUGUCUGGGCUAUGUUCUAUCACAAAGGUGGCCAUUGCCAUGGAAAAUGGAGUCAUCCCAGCCAAUCUGAACUUCUCGAGCCCCAGAGAAGAUGUGGAGGGCAUGAUUAUGGGUCGUCUUAAGGUUGUGAGUGAGAACUUACCAUGGAAAGGGAGUCUUGUAGGUGUGAACUCAUUUGGGUUUGGUGGAUCAAAUGCCCAUGUUCUGCUGGAGAAGAAUGGGAAAGGAAAAGUAAAUGGAGGUGCCCCUACUGACCUCAUUCCUCGACUUGUUGUUGCUUCUGGACGCACAGAAGAGGCAGUUAAUGUCAUACUGAAAGAUUUUGAGAGUCGGCCAGUGGACGCAGAAUAUGUGCGCCUGAUGCAUGAUGUCCAGUCAUUAGAGAUAGCUGGCCAUACGUACCGUGGGUACACGCUACUCACACAGAAUGACAGAAGGCAGAGGAGUAUUAAAUUUUACCCUGGAAGCAAGCGGCCUGUUUGGUUUGUAUUCACCGGUAUGGGGUCACAGUGGCCAGGUAUGGGGAAAUCGCUCCUUAAAAUUCCAGUUUUCGCAGCCGCCAUUUACAAGUGCCAGCAAGCUCUGAAGCCUCAUGGCAUAAAUGUGCUUGAUAUUAUCACAUCUGAUGAUCCCAUGAUCUUUGAUAAUAUCCUCAAUUGUUUUGUGGGUAUUGCAGCCUGUCAGAUUGGGCUGGUGGAUGUGAUGAGAGCAGCGGGCAUUGAGCCCGAUGGCAUUGUGGGUCACUCUGUGGGAGAGUUGGGCUGCAGUUACAUUGAUGGUUGCUUCACAGCUGAGGAGAUGUUGCUGGCAGCGUACUACCGUGGAUGUGCAUCCCUAGAAGCAGAACUCAUCAAGGGGUUAAUGGCUGCAGUUGGUCUUGGAGCUGAGGAUGCCAGGAAACUGUGUCCACCUGACAUUGAGGUGGCAUGCCACAAUGGACCUAACUUCUGCACACUCUCAGGACCAGCUGAGUCCAUGAAGAAAUUUGUGAAAGAACUACAGGAGCAAGGUGUGUUUGCCAAGGAGGUGAACUGUGGCAACAUUGCAUACCACAGCAAGUACAUAUCUCCAGCUGGGCCUCUCCUACUGAAGUACCUGAAGCAGCUGAUAACCCAUCCAAAGCCCCGAUCUUCCCGUUGGGUGUGCUCUUCGCUGCCGCAAAGUGAAUGGAACACCCCAGAAGCGACACAUUCUUCAGCCGAGUAUCACACAAACAAUCUGCUGAACGCCGUGCUUUUUGAGGAAGCAUCACGACACAUCCCACAUAACGCCAUCACUGUUGAGAUUGCCCCUCAUGGCCUCUUGCAAGCCAUCUUGAAACGUUCCCUCAAGAAGGGCAUAACCAACGUUGCUCUCACACAACGAGGUCACCCUGACUGCAGUGAGUACGUCUUCACUGCUCUGGGCAAGUUAUUUGAGCUUGGUUUGCAGCCGAACUUGGCAAACCUGUAUCCCCCAGUAUGCUAUCCAGUGAGCAGGGGAACCCCAAUGAUCUCACCACUUAUCCGGUGGGAGCAUUCAGAGGAUUGGUUUGUCAUGACAUAUGAAUCACAGGAAAGAGAAAAGUCUGGUGAGCGGUCUGUAGCCAUCGACCCAAAAGACGAGGAUAAGAAAUACUUAACAGGGCAUGUGAUUGAUGGAAGAAAUUUGUUUCCCGCUACAGCUUAUCUUGAGCUUGUCUGGGAGUCACUUGCAAUUAUGACUGAACAAGUCUACACUGAAAUGUCUGUUGUGUUUGAGGAUGUAAGAUUUCACAGGGCUACAAAAAUACCUAAGGAAGGAAACACAGAGUUUAUUAUUAUGGUGCAGAAAGGGAGUGGAAACUUUGAGGUGAUAGAAGGUGGUGGGUCCGUUGUGAGUGGUAUAGUGCAGGUACUUGAGAAUACUUCCUAUAAAAGAGCAUCUCUGGAGCCGCCUGAUCCAUGCUAUAAUGAUGAGUUGCUUGAAUUUUCAUCACAUGAUAUAUACAAGGAGCUACGACUACGUGGAUACGACUAUCAAGGGGCCUUCUGUGGCCUUGUCUCUUUGGACAGUCUUGGACAAACAGGGAAGAUCCACUGGAACAACAACUGGGUUACAUUCAUGGACAGUAUGUUCCAGGCACAGCUGUUUCACACCGACAGUCGAAGUCUGUUCAUUCCAAUUGCAAUCCAGAAGCUUACAAUAGAUGUGAAACGGCAUACUGCUUGUCUCCAAGAACUGGAUGUGCCAGUGCAUGUCUACAAGGAGAUGAAUAUCAUCCAGUCAGGAGGCGUGGAAGUGCGAGGCCUCAGAUCAAGUGCCGUAUCUCGGCGCAAGCCUCUGAGUCAGCCUGUGCUAGAGAAAUGUGUGUUGACACCAUAUGUGGAGCCUGCACACCUGGACUUACACACCACGUUGCGCGUGUGCACACACAUCACUCUGGAGAACAAGCCUGUCACCCAAGUGAAGGUGGUGGAGCUGCACAACCCAGGCUGGGUGCCUCUGGCACCUGCUGUGGCCCUCAUCCUUGCGGAUCUACCCCUUCUAAAGGCAAACAUAACAAUCCUAGCAAAGGCUGGUGACCUGUCAGAAAUGGAUUUGAACAUGGCAGAGGUGAAGAUCGAGGAUCACAAACUGAAGGACAAGCAGGAAUGCACGCUGCUUAUUGCUUCAAACAUCCUGCUUCAUAGAGAACUGCUGCAGACUGCGGUGAAUGCCCUGGCUGAUGGGGCCUGCAUCCUGGCACGAGAGAAAGUUGGCACAGAGAGUGAGCUCAGCAAUGGUUUCAGGCUCGAGACCAUGUUUGAGAAGACUCUGAAGGAAGAGAAGCUGCUGUUACUCAGGAAGGGAGUGACAUUGGGAAAUCCGGUUGUGAUCCAUGUGACUGGCCAUAACUAUGACUGGCUACCUGAAGUGCAGACUGCCAUCAGAAGCAGCUCCAAACGUCACGUUAUCCUCGUGGUUCAAGGCGAGCCACUCAGCGGCGUUGUGGGUCUCGUCAACUGUAUCCGCAAGGAGCCAGGCAGUGAUUAUGUCAGGUGUUUUUUUAUUCUAGACUCAUCAGCGCCCCAAUUUGAUGUGAACUUACCUUUGUAUCAGCAACAGCUGAAGAAAGAUCUCGUUAUGAAUGUAUACAGUGGUGGAAAGUGGGGGUCAUACCAACACCUCCCACUAGAUGGCUGUGCCACUGUCAGUACACCACACGUGUCGCUCAAGAUCAUGACCCCAGGAGAUCUCUCUAGCUUCAGAUGGUUGGAAGGAAAUCUGGUCCCUGAGAGUGUUCAAACAACACCAGAUGAGGAAUUGGUGCAAAUUUAUUACUCUGCCCUUAAUUUCGGAAAUGUGGUACUGGCAACUGGGAAGGUGGCAGCAAAUUUCCUUGGCAACAAUCAGCUCAGCCAGGACAACGUUCAAGGGAUGGAAUUUUCUGGGCGUGAUCAGAAGGGAUGCCGUGUCAUGGGAAUGAUGGCCCAACAAGCCCUAGCCUCUAUGGUGCUGGCAGACACAAAGAUGCUGUGGAAGGUACCUGAUCACUGGACACUUGAGGACGCAGCAACUGUGCCUGUGGUCUAUUCAACAGCUUACUAUGCUCUGGUGAUGGUCGGAGGCAUGAAGAAGGGUGAGUCAGUGCUUAUCCACUCAGGCGGUGGAGGUGUUGGCCUGGCAGCUAUCAACAUUUGCCUACAUGCUGGAUGUAUGGUGUACACCACUGUUGGGACUAAGGAGAAACGGGAAUUCAUCAAAAAGCAAUAUCCACAGUUAACCGACCGCAACAUUGGCAAUUCUCGAGACACAUCAUUCGAGCAUCUCGUCCUGACCGAAACGAAUGGCAGAGGAGUGGACCUUGUUCUCAACUCCCUUUCAGAGGAUAAGCAGCAGGCCUCCAUACGUUGCCUUGCCCCUCGAGGACGAUUCCUGGAGAUCGGAAAAUUUGACCUUGCUAACAACAGCUUUCUUGGUCUGGAGGUGUUCCUGAGGGAGACGAGUUUCCACGGAGUGAUGUUAGAUAAAGUGACCUCUGAAGACCCUGAGACAUUGAAGAUUCUGCAAGAUAUUGUAACUCAGGGUAUCUCUGCAGGAGUUGUGCGACCCCUACCUAGGACUGUGUUUCCUUACACCGAGGUGGAACAGGCUUUCAGGUACAUGACAACCGGGAAACAUGUAGGCAAAGUACUGAUGCAGUUUCAACCAGAGGAAGACAGCAAAGUGGUUGUGCCUGCACCACGGCUGAUGCAGGCUUACCCGCAGUACUUCUGCAACCCAAGCUACAGUUACAUAAUUGCAGGUGGCUUGGGAGGUUUUGGUCUCGAGCUUGCCGACUGGCUGGUGUUACGAGGUGCUCGUAAACUGGUACUGUCAUCUCGCAGUGGUGUAAGAACAGGCUACCAGAGUUUCCGUGUGAGAACAUGGCGCAGCUAUGGGGUGAAAGUAGUCAUCUCUCUGGCUGACAUCACAACAAAGAGCGGUGUAAGAGCUCUGCUGUCAGAAGCAAACAGACUAGGCCAGGUUGAUGCCAUAUUCAACCUUGCUGUGGUGCUGCGAGAUGCAUUCCUGGAGAACCAAACUAAGGCAGACUUUGUCACUUCUGCAGGACCCAAGGCAAUUGCAACACGUCACUUGGACGAGCUGUCUCGCCAGAUGUGCCCACAUCUGCGCCAUUUUGUGGUGUUCUCAAGUGUUACAUGUGGGUGCGGUAAUACAGGGCAAACAAACUACGGGAUGAACAACUCCAUCAUGGAGCGCAUCUGUGAGGCCCGUGUCAGAGAUGGGUUGCCAGGCCUUGCUGUGCAGUGGGGUGCAGUGGGGGAUGUGGGGCUGGUGGCAGAGAUGCAGGAGAAACACAGAGAUAGAGCAAUAGGAGGCCUUCUAAUGCAGAGGAUUGCUUCAUGUCUUGAAGUGCUUGAUAUAUUCAUGAGACAGUCAUGCCCUAUAGUGGCAAGCAUGGUUGUUGCUGAUAAGCAUUCAAGAGGCAGUGGAUCCACGGAUAUAGUACAGUGUUGCAGGAAUAUCAUGGGUAUCUGUGAUUUGAAGACCAUUGAGUUGAACAAAACUUUAUUAGAUCUGGGCAUGGACUCCAUGACAGCCGUGGCAAUAAAACAGACCCUGGAGCGAGAAUUUGAUAUAUAUCUCACCCUACAGGAGAUCCGCAACCUCACAUUUGCAGGUCUUGAAGAACUAGGUACAAGAAAUCAGAAAACUGAGGCAGAAAAGCAGUCAUUAGAAGGUCCAUCUGUUGAUGAUGAUGAUGAUGAUAAUGAUGAUGGACCCCCCAUAAGAAUGCAGUUGUUGCUGCAUGUGCUAGGGGAUGAGGCAUCUUCACUAUAUCCUGUUGUGCGCCUGCCAUCAGCAGCUGGAGCUGGGGCAGAUGUAGAAGAUGAACUGAAGGCAGGACCAGUACUCUUCAUGUUGCCUGGAGUGGAAGGUGUAGCAAGUGUCCUUGAGCCUCUGGCCAAGAACCUCAAAUACCAGGCAGUAUGUCUACAGCUGAACUACAGGGACAUCGGACAGACAGCUCAUGAUAUAGCACAGUCCCUACUUCCACACAUACACAGCAGGCUAGCACCAGGGGCCCCAUUCCGCUUGCUGGGAUACUCAUAUGGCGUGAUGCUGGCACUGGAACUGGCCCUGGCACUAGAGGCAGAGGGACGAGAGGGACACCUGUACCUAGUGGAUCACUCACCAGACUACGCUAAGUCAGUGAUCCAGCACAUCUUGGGUACCAAUGAGGAGCAGUUUGAUAUCAAUUUCAUAUGCACCAUUUACAAAGUUGUUGCACCACAGGAAGCCACAUCAGAAGCUGUUAGAAAGUUGGUUGAGAAGAUAACACCCAUGAAGAGUAGGGAGGAGAAGUUAGAUCAUGUCAUCAGCAUGCUUCUGAUGCCGACUGGUGAUAAACAGCACUACAAAACUGCUAUUGCCUCUAUCUUUGCUCGCAUGAAGAACACGCUAGGCUAUGAGUGGAACCCUAAGAAGAGAGUCAAGUCUCAAACAACUCUUCUGAAGGCUAGAGCUUCAGCACUGAAAGCAGAGGAGGACUAUGGGCUAUCAAAGAUCUGUGAGAAGAAGGUGGAAGUACAUGUCGUGCCUGGGAACCAUGUGACAGUGCUGGGCAAGAAGGAAACUGCUGCCAUUAUCAACAGGCAGGUGACAGAUUCCGAGGCUCUUAAAUUCAAAAACAGCCUUAAUGAAGAACAUAUCCUUCAGUAAAGUAAUAUAUGUCCUUAAGAGCCUGUAUAACCACCUAGAAAAUCUGUUUGUUCCAUAAUGGGGAGUAAUGAGAAGAGAGGGCCACUUGAUAAACAGUCUUGUUGAUAAUAUUGCAGUCAAUCCAAGGAAAUACUGGGACAAGCAAAUAUCUGUUGAACUGUAUCAUUUUGGCAGUUGGUAGCUGCUGUGUAUGUUGUAAGUUCUGCCACAGGGUCUUCAUUCCACCGUGUGUGUAACAGUGCUGAAGGUACUUUCAGUUUUCAGCCAACCUACUAUCACUCUACUUUAUUAAUUUUACUAGCUGUUUAUUGUAUUAUUGAAGCAGUUGAUUGGUCCAGGCUGGCUGAGUGUUAACAUUCUUUCAGUAUGCUACUAAUAGCAUUAAAAUAUGGUUGCUUCCAUAUCAUAUAAAGACAUUCAAGAUCCUUUGUUCCCAGAUGAUUAACAUUUGUAAUUGAGUUAAAAUCUGGCUGUCAGUUCUGUAGUAUUUGGAUAUUUAGUAUGUCUGUUUCUAAACAGUAAAAGUUAAUCUCAUUUGAACACUGACAUGUGACAUGAACUGAUGGUGUGUCGUCCUUCACAAGUGCCAAUUUUGAAUACACAGCAAUAAGUGUGUACUUAAGAAUGUUUGCAGCUUGCACCCCUGACCACUACUGUCCAGAGGUCAGUCGCUUCCAAGUUUUCAUCUUGGGAUUGCUUUGCACUUUACAGACUGCAAGAGUCAUAUGAGGCAAUCUCUCCCCAGCCUUGUAUUUCCCCAAGCUGCAUUAGAACUUCCUGAAACCCUAAGCUAUGAUAAAUAUAAGACCCUGAAAAGAAUAAUUUAUAAACAUUAAGUAUUCUUGUUUGAGUGGUUACAUCUGUAGCUUUAUAAGACGAGACAGUUUAACAAGAUAUGUAAUGAAAUUUUUCAAAGAGGUGCUACAUUCCAAUAAAAUGAAUUGUUAUUAAAUUGAAAAAUAAUGGUAAUAUAUGUACAUAUGGAUAAUUGUAAGAAUGAAAUGUAUUUGUAUUUAUGCAGAACUGCGCAAGUACAUCGCUUGGUAGUGAUCACAUGGCUACACCACAAGGAGUGACACUGCCUCGCUUUUGUUUUCGGUCGUUGCAUGUUAUUCUGUGGGUGUUGUUUUCUUCAUUCUACUCUAACAAGAUGCAGUCAGUCAUUUGUUACGUGUGAGUUUUACAAGAUGAUAAUGUACGUCUUGCUUAGUUUAGUUUAUUCAUAUUCGUAUUUCCGUCACUGAUUUCCUUCAAUUUUCUGUGAUGUGAAUAACGAAAGACACAUCAUUUCAAAUUAUGGGGACACAGUCCUCUAACUUUGCAGAUUCUACCUGUAUCAAAUAUUCUGUUAUGUAAUUUCAACUGUCAAGAUUAAUAAGUAUUAAGUAUAAUACAAUAAAGAUAUCUUGAUGCCUGAA